CUCGAUUGCCAUUUCGUUCCCAUCGGGGAAGCAAAAGAACAUUAUGCCGGAUCCUUGGGAAGAAGCGCGGCAUCCGCAAGAAGCCAAGGAGCAUUUUCUACGCUACCUGCGCAACGAAGCGCUUCAACUAAAUUUCUAUCGGGCUCACAUGCUGUACUUCGUUACCUGCAUUGCCAUUGCAUCCAUCAUAGUGUACGGGGAAGGCCUUGCCAACGAUCCGGGAUCGCAAAAUGGCACUAGGCUGCGCUACAUUGAUGCGCUUUUCCUCUGUUGCAGUGCCAUGACCACGACGGGUCUCAAUUCGGUGAACUUAGGCACCUUGACUGGUUUCCAGCAGGCUGUGCUCUGCGUUCUCCUCCUUAUCGGAAACGUUGUUUUCGUCUCGACAUUCAUUGUUCUGGUCCGCCGAUACUACUUCCGGAAGAAGCUAGCAGAUAUCGUUCAACACUCUGCGGCGGGUCGCAAAGCAUUGCAGAACCUGGAGGAUGAGGAAUGCGCCCCGCAUGAUAGCAACAGUGGUCUCAGGCAUAGAAGGGUAGGAGAGGGGGGCAGAUUGCGCAAUGGCAAGCAAAAAGGAAGAGCGAGGUCAUCAAGGGAGGGAAAAACGAAGAUGGUAACGGGGCGUAGCUACUACCAUCAGACCGGUUUCGGAUUCUUCCCGGCGCCGUGGGAGACAAAAACCGCUCGCGAAUUCUUCGAACGGGUUUUCGGCCGCAUUACUUCGCCGCUACGGCCAGAGGAGCAUCAAUACCUAUCGUUUCGGCCGCAACUCGAUCCGAGGGGCCGCAUACGCGGUCUCAGCGAGCACCAGCGCCUUGAGCUGGGAGGCGUCGAGUACCGAGCGUUACAAGCACUGCUUUUCCUCCUCAUAAGCUACCAGGUCUUCUGGCUAUCCAUUGGCACUUUAUUCCUGGUACCGUACGCAUACCGAUCGGGUGUGAAGAGCAUACUCCGCACGUCGCAACCCGGCAACCUGAAUCCCGGUUGGUGGGCCUUCUUCUCCGCCGUGACUGAGUUUGCCAACGGCGGGUUGAAUGUGCUCAACUCCAACUAUAUUCCCUUCCAAGCUGACUACUUCGUGCUAAUCGUCUCCGGAGCUCUUUCGUUGGCUGGGCAGACGCAGUUUCCCAUCUUUCUCCGGUUGAUUAUAUGGGCGCUGGAAAAGAUCUACCCCGUCCGAUCUAGCUUUAGGCACACUCUAGCCUUUCUACUGCAUCACCCGCGCCGAUGCUUUAUCUACCUGUUCCCGAGCAAGGAGACCUGGUAUCUAUUGGCCAUACAGCUCACCAUUGACAUGACUGCAUGGAUAUUGUUCGAAGUUCUCAAUUUGGGGAUGCCACAAGUGAUGGCUAUUCCAACAGGGACAAGGGUUAUCGAUGGCCUCUUCCAAGCGACAGGGCUAAGAACCAGCGGUGCCUACAUCAUCAACGUGAGCUCCUUAGCGCCAGCACUUCUCGUCGCAUACCUCGUUAUGAUGUACAUCUCCAGCUUCCCUAUUGUCAUGGCCCUUCGGAAGACAAACACUUACGAGGAACGCUCCAUCGGAUUGGAUCAGAGCAACGCCGGUGGCGGUCUCGCGCAGCAUCUGCGGCGGCAGUUAGCCUACGACAUCUGGUUCCAGAUGCUCGCUUGGUUCCUCAUCUGCAUCGUGGAGCGCGGCAAACUCAACUCGGCACAGCCUGGCUUCUCCAUAUUCUCGAUCCUGUUUGAGGUAACUUCCGCCUACGGCACUGUCGGCUUGAGCACGGGCGUUCCAUACGACAACUACAGCUUGAGCGGCGCGUUUCAAACGACGAGCAAGGUCAUAAUGCUUUUUGUCAUGGUUAGAGGCCGCCAUCGUGGACUUCCCCUUGCGAUUGAUCGGAGCAUACUGCUACCUGGGGAAGAGCUCAUGCAUAGGAUGGACAGGGAGUAUAACGAAAAGGGCUGUCUUGAUCCCGGUGAGGAAGAAGAGCUGGAAGAGGAUAUUAAGCAGAGUGGACAGGAGGGCGUUGGGCCAGGCAAUGGGACUGAGGAGCAGGACCCUAAGGAGGAAAGAUCAGAGGAGGGAGUUAACGGGAAAGGUGGAGACGAAAGUGGACGUGGACAGUUGAGCAUAACGUAGACGCAUCUCCUAGGAUACUCGACUAUACAUACAUUGGG